GAACAACCAGCAGCACCAGCGAACGGAGCCGAGCUGCGCCGAGCACCGCCGAGCACCGCCGAGCACUGCCAUGCAAGUCGACGAGCUGGAGCCUGCGUCGGGACGGGAUGAAAUCGAAGAGGGCCAACUGUUCAGCAAGGUCAUCCGGGCCUUUGCCUCGUAUUCUACCCGGUCGCUCGACAUCCUGAACAAAAAGCGGGACGACUUCAACUCGAUUCCGCUGAACCACCAACGGCUCGUUCCCGACUUCCACCGGCGGAUGGAUCUCAUUCAGCAGCGGAUCAGAGCCAAUGCCCGUUUCCUGACUUCGAUCAUUGCCGACCAGGAGAACUUUUUGAACGGGGAGAGCUCCUCAGGGUCACUCUCUCUCGAGAACCACGAACCGUUGUCCGAGGCUGACCACGACAAGGUCCGAAGCACUCUCCGCCAGUUUGUUCGAGACUGGUCCAAAGACGGCGAGGACGAACGGACUUCGGCCUACACGCCGAUCCUGAAAGAAAUCGAGAGUCUGUUUGCACAAAUGCCUCGCGAAGACAGAGGAAAAAUUCAGAUCCUGGUGCCAGGAGCAGGUCUGGGCCGUCUUGCGUUCGAAAUCGCAUCCCGAGGAUACAGCUGCCAAGGAAACGAAUUCAGCUUCUACAUGCUUCUAGGCGCCCACUUUGUCUUGAAUCGCGUCGUCAAGGUUGAGCAGUUCGAUAUCUACCCGUGGAUCCACUCCUUCUCAAACAACCUCACUGCCGAGCAUCAGCUGCACAAAGUGUGCGUUCCGGAUGUGAUCACAUCGGUGAUUCCGAAACAGGCCGAGUUUUCGAUGAUCGCGGGCGACUUUGUUGAGGUCUACAACAACACCGAGCAACGAGAACAAUGGGACGUCAUUGCGACAUGCUUCUUUAUCGACACUGCGAAAAACAUCCUGGAGUACCUCGAAACGAUCCACAAUGCACUAAAAUCCGGUGGAAGGUGGAUCAACCACGGACCGCUGCUGUACCAUUUUGAGGGAAUGAAGAACGAGCUCUCGGUCGAGCUGAAUCUGUCCGAGGUCCUGGAGGCUGCCAGAAAGAUCGGCUUUCAUUUUGAUAAGGAACCCGAGUUGAUCAAGGCCACAUAUGCGAGCAACUCCAAAAACAUGCUCAGCUACGUCUACGACAGCGCCUUUUUCACAGCCACCAAGGUUUGAUGAUCGAGACGAUCCAAGGAUCCAUCAAGCUGGUUGGCCAAGUCAAGGCCUCGAUUGGAGGUGCGAUCCACCUGCGCCUCGACCUGGGCGGCAUAUCCGUCGGCGUCGGCGAGCAGUCCGCACAGCGGGAAGAUGUGACCGAGGACCGAGCCGCAGGGCGGACAGAGAGCGCGGUUCGAUGCCGUGAAGAAUGUGGUGCAUGAGCCGAACAGCUUUGAGAGACAGGGGGCUUCGUGGCUCCGACGCAGUGCCCGGGGAUGUGAGCAUGCAGUUGGUGAACAUGCAGUUGGUGGACAUGCAGUUGGUGGACAUGCAGUUGGCGAACAUG